GUACCCCUCACAGCUUAAUUGAAACUAUUGCGCGGAGAGGAGGUGCAGGUGUUCAACGGCGCUAAUUAAAUCAAAACAAGCUCCCGCCCAUGUGGAAAGUGUACCGACGAGCUGCUUAACGGGAAAUCUCCAGUACGACGCAGUAGCUUGAAAUCUAUUACCCAAAAUGAACAGCAGUGGACCAGCAUAUCCUCUUGCUUCUCUGUAUGUUGGAGACCUGCACCCUGAUGUCACAGAGGCAAUGCUUUACCAGAAGUUUUCUCCCGCUGGGCCAAUCAUGUCGAUCCGUGUGUGCCGGGACAUCAUCACCCGCAGAUCUCUGGGAUAUGCCUAUGUAAACUUCCAGCAACCUGCUGAUGCGGAGUGUGCCCUGGAUACGAUGAACUACGAUGUCAUCAAAGGUCGGCCAAUCAGAAUAAUGUGGUCUCAACGCGACCCAGGACUCAGGAAAUCUGGUGUGGGUAACAUCUUUAUCAAGAACAUGGAUGAGUCUAUUGACAACAAAGCACUGUAUGACACCUUCUCAGCCUUUGGAAAUAUUUUGUCCUGUAAGGUUGUUUGUGAUGAAAAAGGAUCCAAAGGCUAUGGAUUUGUUCAUUUUGAGACUCAAGAAGCUGCAAACCGGGCCAUUGAAACAAUGAAUGGGAUGCUACUGAAUGAUAGGAAAGUUCAAAAGGCGGGUAAACGGUUGGGAUAUGGCAUUGUCAGCUCAAAGGCCCGUUUCCUGGGAGAAAAGUGUCAGUUGUAUCUUCUUAGGUCAGUGAAUAGAUUUGUUGGCCACUUUAAGUCACGCAAGGAAAGAGAGGUGGAGUUUGGCAGUAAGGCUAUGAAGUUCACCAAUGUCUACAUCAAGAAUUUUGGUGAAGACUUCACUGAUGAGAAACUAAAGGAAGUUUUCUCUGCAUUUGGGAGAACUCUCAGUGUACGGGUCAUGAAGGAUGAGAAGGGUCGUUCAAGAGGAUUUGGAUUUGUAAACUAUGCUCAUCAUGAAGAUGCCCAGAAGGCUGUUAAUGAAAUGAAUGGAAAGGAGAUCAAUGGGAAAAUCCUCUAUGUAGGGCGGGCUCAGAAGCGUCUUGAGCGCCAGGGAGAGCUCAAACGCAAGUUUGACCAAAUCAAACAGGACCGCAUCCAGCGCUAUCAGGGGGUGAAUCUGUAUGUGAAGAACUUGGACGACAGCAUCGACGAUGAGAGACUUCGGAAGGAGUUUGCUCCUUAUGGCACCAUCACCAGUGCAAAGGUGAUGACAGAUGGCUCCCAAAGCAAAGGCUUUGGUUUUGUCUGUUUCUCUUCCCCUGAGGAGGCAACAAAAGCAGUGACUGAAAUGAAUGGGAGAAUUGUUGCAACCAAGCCACUGUAUGUGGCUCUGGCUCAGCGGAGAGAGGAGCGUAAAGCAAUUCUAACAAAUAAGUACAUGCAAAGACUUGCUACCUUGAGAACCAUGGCCAGCCCGCUAAUCGACUCAUACCAUCAGUCUGGAUAUUAUGUCACAUUACCACAGCCUCCCACGCGCUCCUUUUACAACCACACUGCUGUCAGCAAUGUGAGACCAGUCCCUCGCUGGACAGGACAGCCACCAAGACCACAGGGCCCCUACACCACUCAGCUGGUUUCUGGCUCUGUCCCCCGACGUGGAUCGAGCCCCAUCGCUACAGUCAGACAGGCUUCCACCCAGGCGCCACGCAUCGUAACCUCAACACAAAAGACAAAUGACAUUGGAACCCAGACUGUAGGAGGGCGCACUGACAUUGCCAAUGUGGCCAGAAGCAGCCAGUACAAGUAUGCGUCAGCAGUGAGGAACCCUCAGCAGGUUGUUACUGUGCCUGCACCCAUGCCUAGACUACAGGUUGUUGCUGCGCCGGUGAUGGAGCCACCAGUACACAUUCAAGGCCCAGAGCUGCUUACCGCCUCAGUGCUGGCUGCAGCCCCACCAAUGGAUCAGAAACAGCUCCUUGGGGAGCGACUGUACCCACUGAUUCACGCUCUGCAUCCAAACCUGGCUGGUAAAAUCACUGGGAUGUUGCUGGAGAUCGACAACUCUGAGCUGCUGCAUAUGCUGGAGUCGCCCGAGUCCCUGCACGCUAAGGUGGAUGAGGCGAUUGCAGUCUUGCAGGCUCACCAGGCGAAGGAACAUUCUCCUAAGCAGUGAAGAGGCC